CGCACGGGGGCGGUAGUGUUGUACACAGUGAUCAUACAGUGAUUGUAUAGUAGUAGUAGUAGUUGUCGCGAAGAUAUGGGAAAAUGUAUCUAAAACGUACAUCGAAGUUAUUAGAUCUAUCAGUGCCACAGAUUACUGCGGAUGUGCAUCUACGUGACCUCACGUGUCCAAUAUGCCGCGGUAUACUAAUCGAGCCUGUGACGCUGCCAUGCACACAUAACCUCUGCUUAGGAUGCCUCAAAGGUACGUUCGAGCACAACAGCCUAAACUGUCCGCUAUGCCGAGUCAGGGUGGGCUCGUGGCUGCGUACCGCUACCAAAUCGGAGACCUUAGUAAACAAUGAUCUUUGGGAUCUCAUCAGAGCUAAGUUUCCAAAGGAGGUCGAGAGUAAGCACCAUGGUGAGGAGGGAGAUCUCGAUUUGGACGCUGAUUAUGCACCUAAUAGAAUACUUAGCGCAGCUGGAGAAAUACACAGGGAAUAUGAGAUGCAACUUAAAAUGGCUGAGGAAGAGAUGCGUCGUCAGAGACAAGCUGAGCAAAUGGCCAGCGAAGCCUUGAUUCAAAAGAUUCAGGCAGAGCAGCAACUAUUACUGGCUCAAUUGGCACAGGAUGAAUUGCUAGCUAAGUCCUUGGCAAAGCAGCAGGUAGUGGAGAAUCAAAAAGUGACAACAAAAUGCUACAAUGAACGUUUAAACACAUCGAUAUCAAGUUGCGUUUUUGAUACAUCCAGAUUUAAUACUAAGAAUACAUUUGUAAAUAAUGUGAAGGCCUUGCAAACUGAAUCUGUACACUUGGAAGACAGGCAGAUGAAUUCUCUCGAGGAUGUUGGAGACGGUUUAAAGAGACAAACAAAUAUAGAAAGAUUAUCUAAAAUUGAAGCGAUAUAUUCGAAUGUAUAUAAUUCAAAUGAGACAAAUGCAUCAAAUUCGUAUAAGAAUCGGGUUAAAUAUUGUUGUCAAAAGCAAAUGCCCGUUUACAACGCUGUCACGAAGCCACUGAAACAUCAAACAGUGUCCAAGUUUAUCCAACCUUGUACUUCGAAUUAUAUGGAUCCUGGAUGUUCUACAUCCAGAGCUUAUACUACAGAGACUAAGGAGGAACUGCAUGUACCAAAUGACGUGGUAAACAACAAGAAGAAGAGUUUGGGGAUAGAGAUAUGCAUGACAUUGGCUGAUAAUGAUGAGAGAAUAGGAAGCGCCGAGAGCUCCGGUAGUCACGAUAGUAUAAAUCAGGAGAUCCAUCACUACAAACCAAUCAAGGCAGUACCGAGAACAAAGUUGAAAAUUUCUACAGAUGGCAAACUGAUGGACCCAAAACUAAUUAGAGUAAUCCCUAUUUUGAAAAAGGUAUCUAAUGCAGUACCAAAGCCUCCAUCACCAACAUACAUGAAACGUAUUAUUGGCUGUUCUUGGAGCGCUUUUAGAGGCAGGAUAAAACAAGAUGUAAAGAAAAAGCAACCUGUACACAACCUGUACAAUGUAGAGGAUACGAAAAAGACACUAAUCAAUCAGAACUCGUCAACAUCACCACUCGACUAUUCUCUAACGGUUUCAGACAAGUUCAUAACUAAACUUCAGACAAACGAUGCUAUUCGCCGACUUGAUUUUAUGCCCGAACUGUCUUCGUUUGACGACAACAAAAAUUAUACAAAGAACGCAGGCAAGAUAGUUAAUGACACAAAAAUGAGCAAGAUAACGUUGGACAGCGAAUCGGACGCGAGAAAAAGUCAAAAAUCCUGGAAAAAGCGAACAAAAAAUAAUAUGGUAACAAAAUAUAAACGGUAUAGAAAUUUACGGAACAUUAGAAGAGGAACUGAACUCACUUUGAACGCAACAGACGAGGAGGAAGAUAACUCGACGGGCUUCAAUUCUUCAUUCGGUGAAACAAGUUUGCAAAAUGAUGAGCAACAUGGCAACGAUAAUAUAACUGUCGACAAUACGAUGGAGGGAAUUAAAAGGAAAAAAGAAAAUAUGGAACAAGAGAUGUUGAUAUCAGAAACAGAAUCCAACAGACCUAAACGAAGCAAAACAACAAAGAAUAAAGCAUUAUCUGAGACGAGAAACAAAAGUCCGCCCGCGGCGAAUCAAAUCUUACUCUCAUCGUUUCAAGAAAGCACGAAACACGAUGGAAACUGUACGCCGCACACGCACAGAACGAAACGUCGAAAGAUAAGCAGAACUUCUCACAGUAAUACAAACGGUUCAGAGAAGAGUGAGCUAUCGAAGGACGCGAGUAAUAAAAUUGUGUCGAGUUUGAGGAAAUCCGCGCGAAACUUAACCAAGAUCUCUUCUAAAGUAGACAGCCACGAAUCGAAUAGCACGCGCAAUAAAAGUAACAGCAAAUUGAACGACUCGCUAUCGACAUGUUGCGAUGAAACGGAAGAAUGUGUCGAGGAGAAUCACCACAUCGCCGGCAAACUUCUCUUGGAUAAGGAGGUGAUAGAAGAGCAGCAACGGAUUGAGCGGUUACUACUCCAGGAACGAGAGGACUUGGAAUUUGCUCGUCGCUUACAGGCUCAAUUCGAUGAGAUGGAAUGGAUAUCUGGACGUACUAGGCGCUCGAGAAAGGCUACUGAGAAUGUGAAAAACGAGGUGGAUUCGCGCGAGAUCGAUAGUGCAAUGAGGAUAGUUUACGGUACGAGUAAAGCGCAUGAAACCUCCAAACGAAAGCCAAUUGCCAAUGAAAUAGUGAGUACCACGGCUAAAAGAAAGCUUGGAAGACCACCGAAAUGCGUAAAGGUCACGCUUCAAACGUGCAAGAAUGAGUCGGGCGCACGGUAAUCGCACUCGAUUUCGAUGCGUAAAAACCUUCCACAGUUGGAUGUUCCUACGAAACAUGUACAUGAAGAAUGUUUGAUUAUAGCGCGACUUUGUACGUCUUACAACAUGUAAAUAAUAAAACUCUGCUUUAAGAAUUA